AUGCAUUAUUGUGUACACGACUGGACAUUAGCAGCACUCAACAAGGAUGUCGAUAUAGAGCAUUACUGGUAUGCUUUUGACUGCGUUGAUGCGAGUGCCGUGGGAGUCGCGGAUUCGCUUGGACACAUUUCUUUCUCCCGCUUGGCAGGCCAUGCAGCACGACUAGUGAAACUGCGCUUCCUCCAAAACAAUAUAAUAUCUGGUUUUGCGCCGGAUCGACUUAAUAAAGCCUCACGUAUUGCGCGACUACUUCAAGACCAAAUUCAAUUGGAUGAAGCGGAGCAGAUGUAUAUGUGGGCGCUAGCUGGGAGGGAGACAGCGCUGGGACCAGAUCACCCAUUGACCCUCCACACCGUCAAUAGUCUCGGGAUCUUAUAUGACAAGCAAAGCAAGCUGGUUGAAGCGGAGCAGAUGUAUAUGCGGGCGCUAGCUGGCAGAGAGAAAGCGCUGGGACCAGAUCACCCAUCGACCCUCCAUACCGUCAACAGUCUCGGAAUCCUAUAUCGUGAACAAGGCAAGCUGGAGAAGGCGGAGCGAAUGUAUAUGCGGGCUGGAGAUGAGAAAUAG